UUUUGAUGACAACACAGCAGAUUGGUGCGGUUUGUGUUUUCGACUGAUUUAAAAAAAAAAUGAAUUAAAUUGCAAGUCCUCAGUAAAAUAAUAAAAUUCAAAAACAAAAGGUGUACUGCUAACACCUGUGCAAAUAAACGGCUGUCUGAGCGGCACGUUUACGUAGCAGGAAACGUUGCGUGCGGCUAUUUACACAAAAAAGUUGCCGCCGACGCUGCAGAGAAAUUCUUAAAGCGUUUAGCAGCAGCAGGUGGAGUUGGCCAAGGCUUAGUCCAGCGAUAAUACCACCACAUUCUACAAUUUGACCGCUAAAAUGAUACCGUUAACGCACAAGGAUCGCAGCAACUUUGGCUACCGAGUCAAGGAGAAGCUGAACAGCUGGAAACGCCUGAUCUUCGCUGAUCCCAAUUCUCGUAACUUGUUUCUCUUUUUGAUGCUAAAUCUUAGCUUUGCCUUCGUGGAACUCUUCUAUGGCAUCUUGACAAACAGCUUGGGUUUGAUCUCGGAUUCGUUCCACAUGUUCUUCGACUGCACGGGGCUACUGGCUGGUCUGGCGGCCUCGGUCAUUACGAAAUGGAAGGCGAAUGAUAAGUUCUCGUAUGGAUAUGUGCGUGCCGAGGUACUAGCCGGCUUUGUGAACAGCUUGUUUUUGCUCUUCAUUGCCUUCUUCAUACUUUCCGAGGGCGUCGAACGUCUCAUAGAGCCGCCCGAAGUGAAGCAUGAGCGGCUGUUUGUUGUGUCUGUGCUAGGUCUUCUCGUCAAUCUCGUGGGUAUAUACGCGUUCAAUCAUGGCGGUCAUGGCCACUCCCACGGUGGCGGCGGCGGAGGACAUGGACACUCUCACGGCGGAGGGGGCGGAGGACAUGGACACUCUCAUGGACACAGCCAUGACGCUCAUUCUAAUCACAAUCAUCAGGCCAUCUCAAUGGACAAUGGUCACGGACACUCACAUGAUCACAGCAUGAGCCAUGGACACUCGCAUGAUCUUGGCACUGGAAGCAAUUCACAAAUCAUGCGCGGCGUGUUUUUGCAUAUAUUGGCCGACACGCUCGGCUCGGUGGGCGUCAUCAUUUCCGCAGUUCUCAUGCAAAUGUUUGGCUGGAUGAUAGCGGAUCCAAUUUGCUCCAUAUUCAUAGCGCUGCUUAUUGGGCUCAGCGUGCUCAGCUUAAUCAAGGAAUCUAUACUCAUACUGAUGCAACGCCAGCCAACCGCACUGGAUCGUUCGCUGCUGCAGUGCUACCAGAAGGUGACUGGCUUGGCUGGAGUCUAUUCGGUGCAGGAGCCGCACUUCUGGACGCUUUGCUCAGAUGUCUAUGUGGGCGCCAUCAAGCUGGAGGUAUCGAAGAAUGUGGAUCCCACGUACGUGGUAACGCAUACGCGCAUGAUCUUUGAGGCGGUGGGCGUAAAACAGAUCUACAUUCAGCUCGACUAUGUGUGAUCCAACUUCCUCCUGUCCAUGUAUAUAUAUAUAUAUGUUAUUAUAUAUAUAUAAUCAUUAUGUAUAUUGAGCAGCGCGUGUGUUGUGUGUGCGUAUUUGGAGUACGAUGAUAAGUAUGUGCUUUUAUUUACCCAAAUUCUAGUUUACUAGGCUCAAUGCGCUAUAAAAUAACAAAAACAAGCUGUAAAAUGUAAAUCUAAUUAAUUGCGAAAUUUUUGUUAAUUUAUUUUCUACAUAAACUUGUUAAAAUGAUUCAUUCCAACAUUA